AUGGGGCACAGUUCAAAGAAGAAGAAGAAGCGGGGAGGUGGAGGGCGAAGGGCCCAAUCUAAGGACCAUUCAUUUGCCGCCGAUAGUUCUGAGAUUAUAGCCGAGGAAGUCACUGCCUUGUGUGCCAUAUUUCAGGAGGAUUGUACCGUGGUUUCUGAAGCACCCCCUCAAGUCAACAUCAAACUUAGGCCUUACUCAAAGGAUACAGGAUAUGAUGAUUCUGAUGUUUCUGCCGUGCUCUCAGUGAGAUGUGUGCAUGGUUAUCCAUUCAAAUGCCCAACGCUGCAUAUAAUACCAGAGAAAGGGCUACUGAAAACUGAUGCCGAUAACCUUUUAUCUUUGCUUUACGAUCAGGCCAAUUCUAAUGCUAGAGAAGGGCGUGUGAUGAUUUACAAUUUAGUGGAGGCUGCCCAAGAGUUCUUAUCUGAAAUUACUUCACAGGUUGUGCUCCAUGAUACUGAUAAGAAUUACCAGCUUUCAGAGCAGGAUGCUACUAUUCCAAGUGGCAGAUUACGUUUUUCUGUCGGACCUUUUGUCUUUAGUCAUAUAGAUCUUUUCAGUGGUUCUGGGGAGUUGUGGCAGUGGAAUCUGGAAGGGGAAGAGAGCCACAAGGCAUCUUCACAAGCAAUUGAUGAUUUGAACCCGGGAAAGUUUAAUUUGGCCAAGCAACCUGAGAAGAAUAUGAAGCCAUCAGUAGUAGAAAAUGUUAAGGCGGAGUCCAUACGUAACCUUUCUUCAAGAUUAGGUACCCUUGAGGAAGAGAGUGAAAAUGAGACAAAAAACAGUUACUCAAGUGCUGGAUCAGAUGGAAAUGGUUCCACUAGCAGCAUAAAGGAUAUUUUUGUGGAAGCAACCCUAACAGAAGCUGAUUAUGGUGAUUUUGAUAGUGAUUCAGGGUCAUCAUCCGACUUUGGUGGUCAUGGUCAACCUAGGCAGGCAACAGAAAGAGAUUUGCUUCUGGCUCACUUGCUCCGCGUUGCUUGUGCUCCCAAAGGACCUCUAGGUGAUGCUUUGCAAGAAAUAACAUCAGAGCUCGUUAAUCUAGGGAUUCUUUCAGAGGGUGUACGGGAUAUGGCCAUCAAGCCGUCGUCAUCCUUUGACAAAGCAUUUGAUCGCGUCUUUAGGAAGUCGAUCCUAGAUGGUCGGCAGUAUGCUGUGAAGAAGAUUCGCUUAAAGGACAAAAGCCUGCCUGUAAAUGACCGUAUAUUAAGGGAAGUCGCCACUCUUUCUCGUUUGCAGCAUCAGCACGUUGUAAGGUACUACCAGGCUUGGUACGAAACAGGAGUUCCCGGGAACCUUGGGAGUACUGCAUUAGGAUCCAAAACUGGCAUGUCUUCCAGUUUCAGCUACCGGGACACAGGUUCUUCAGAUCAAUUGGCGGAUGCAGAUAGGCUCGAAUCGACAUACCUUUAUAUUCAGAUGGAAUACUGCCCAAGGACUUUGAGGCAAAUGUUUGAGUCUUAUAAUCAUCUUGACAAAGAACUUGCAUGGCAUUCGUUUCGACAAAUUGUGGAAGGCCUGGCACAUAUACAUGGACAAGGAAUUAUCCACCGUGAUUUGACACCUAAUAAUAUAUUUUUUGAUGCUCGCAAUGAUAUAAAAAUUGGGGAUUUUGGUCUGGCUAAGUUUCUAAAGCUGGAGCAACUGGAUCAAGAUGUGGAUGCUACUGAAGCAAUUGGAGUAUCAAUUGAUGGUACAGGUCAAAUUGGUACUUAUUUCUACACCGCUCCUGAAAUAGAGCAAGGGUGGCCAAAGAUUAAUGAGAAGGCUGACAUGUACAGCUUAGGAGUUAUGUUCUUUGAAUUGUGGCAUCCAUUCGACACAGCAAUGGAGAGACAUGUUAUUCUUUCUGAUCUGAAACUCAAGGGGGAACUCCCUUCUGAUUGGGUCACGGAAUAUCCAGAACAGGCAUCCUUGCUACGGCGUCUGAUGUCGCCGAGUCCAUCUGACCGUCCAUCAGCCGCGGAACUUCUCAAGCAUUCUUUUCCACCUCGGAUGGAGUCUGAAUUAGUAGAUAAUUUGUUACGGACAAUUCAUAGUUCUGAGGACACGAGUGUUUAUGAAAAACUGGUGUCGGCAAUUUUUGAUGAGGAGAUGUUAAGCACAAAGGAAAAUCAUGAGAAUGUUGGAAGGCUAAAGUUGGUUGAAGAUGAUACUUCAUCAAUUAUUUUCACAGAUGUGGAUACUGCAAACCGGGAUUUGGUUAUUGAUAUUGCGAAGGAAGUUUAUAGAAAGCACUGUGCAAAACAUUUGGAGAUAGUUCCAGUGAGGAUAUUAGGUGAUGGCCAGCAGUUCAAUAGGAAUGCUGUCAAAAUGUUAACACAAGGAGGAGACAUGGUUGAAUUUUGUCAUGAAUUACGCUUUCCGUUUGCAAGAUGGAUCAUGUCAAACCAGAAAUCAUAUUUUAGGCGCUACGAAAUAUCAUAUGUAUACAGAAAAGCAAUUGGCCAUUCGCCUCCAAAUCGGUAUCUCCAGGGUGAUUUUGAUAUCGUUGGAGGAGCAACUGCCUUAACUGAGGCUGAGGUCAUAAAGGCAACUAUGGACAUCAUCUCUCGUUUCUUUCAUUCAGAUUCAUGUGAUAUUCAUUUGAAUCAUGGGGACUUAAUGGAAGCAAUAUGGUCUUGGACGGGUAUCCAGCCAGAGACUAGACAGAAAGUGGCUGAGCUUCUCUCCCUUUUGUGUUCUUUGCGUCCUCAGUCUUCAGAACGAAAGUCAAAAUGGGUCGUAAUUAGGCGCCAACUACGGCAGGAGCUUGAUCUUGCUGAUGAUGCUGUAAAUAGAUUACAGACUGUAGGACUACGGUUCUGUGGAACUGCUGACCAGGCACUUCCGAGACUGAGGGGUGCCCUGCCUGCAGAUAAGUCCACACGCAAAGCACUUGAUGAAUUGUCAGAGCUGUUUAACUAUUUAAGAGUUUGGAAAAUUGAUAGACGGGUCUUUCUUGAUGCUCUUUUGCCACCGUCUGAAUCUUAUCACCGCAACUUGUAUUUUCAGAUAUAUUUCAAAAAGGAGAAUACUCCUUUAUCACUUAUGGAAGGGACACUGCUUGCUGUUGGUGGUCGUUAUGAUAAUUUGCUUCAGCAAAUGGCGAAUUCUGAAUAUAAAUCAAAUCUACCUGGUGCUGUUGGGAGUAGCAUUGCUCUGGAGACUAUUUUUCUGCAUUCUUCUGUUAAUAGUAAAUUCCAUAGAUAUGACACUGGCACCAAUAUUCUUGUCUGUUCAAGAGGAGGUGGGGGUUUGUUACUUGAGCGCAUGGAACUUGUGGCCGAACUAUGGGAGGAGAAUAUCAAGGCCGAAUUUGUUCCGUCGCGUGAUCCAAGCCUCACAGAACAAUAUGAAUACGCAAGCGAGUAUGAUAUAAAAUGUCUUGUUGUCAUCACUGAUGCUGGUGUAUCCCAAAAUGGUUUGGUCAAGGUCCGGCAUUUAGAGCUCAAGAAAGAGAAGGAGGUUGAGAGAGAAAACAUCGUCAAAUUUCUACUGGAGGCAAUGGCUACUCAAUUUAGAAACCCAUCCAUCUGGAGUUGA